AUGUUCAAUGAGGUGAGAUAUCUGGGCACCGUCCGCCCCUGUUCGGCGGUGCGUGCUCUGACGGAUGUGGGUACACCUCGUCGGCGCUGCAGCCGUGACAAACACAUUGAGUGUCGAAAGCAGGUGCCAUAUGGGCAACGACGACAUGUCCACCUUGCACGUGGCUGUGCUCAGAGGUGUCGAAAUGACCCUGAAGCUGAUCCAGGAAGGCUGGCACCGGACACCGGGGAGGACGACUAG